UUUCACUGGGAAGAACUCGUUUUUUUUCACUUAUAGUUUUCGGUCACAUUUGCAUCUAGGGUGCAAUGGGAGCAGUCGUCAAAAUGAUGGGGAUUUAAAAUUGAGGACCAAAGCAAAAGGGACUCCGCAUCUUUCUCUCUGCAUUACCUCCGCUGCUGGGAGGCUUCAGAGGAUCAUGCAACACCUUAAACCAUGGCGGGCUCUGCUCCUCCUAACCGUGCUGUACCACCCCGGAACCUCAGAUAAAUACGGUUGCCUGUUUGAAAGGAAACUGUGCACAAGGGAUCAGUUCUGCUCUGAUGAUGGGCUGUUCGGUCAGUGCCUCAGCUCUAAGCAGGACCUGGUCCAGUACCAGGUUACAGUUCCUGUUCUAAAGAGGAUGCAGGAAGUCCUAAAACAGCUCAUGGUAAAAGGUUUUUCCUGGCAAGAUGACAUCACCCAGUAUAUUUUAUCAAAGGAGCUGAAGAGAGUUCCCCAUACGACCCAUCCUUCUAAGCCAAACUCUGCUUCAUCCUCUUCUGUUUCGUCUCAUUCCAAACAGAACAGCCCCCACCACCACAGUUCUAAGUCUGGCAAGGCACCUCCUGGUGGCAACUAUUUGGACUACAUGAUUGUCGAGCCUCCUCAAACCCCGCUACGAAUGCAGUCAGCCUCCAUGGACCCAUACACAUACCACCAGCAUAGAUAUCAAGACGAAGUGGAGAGAUCCCUCAUAGGAGCAGGAAAUGGAUAUGCCCGCCCCUCGUCAAGGUCCCAGGCAAAUCAGAGAGAGCGAGAGCGUGACAGGCAGAUGUUACAGGAAGCAUUUUCUCUCUACAUGGCGUCUGCACAGCCCUCUUAUCGCCACCGAGGGGCCGCUGCCAUGGCUCCUGCAGCUCUGCCUUACUAUGAGGACUUGGAACUGGAGGUGCCAGUGGAUUAUGUAGAAGACUACACCCUAGAGGAGAGACUUGGUACUGCUGGCCGACAGCAAGUACCGCAGAACAAAAAGGUUCCUCAGGAAAUCAGCACUGGAAACAGUGAUGGACUUCUGCAGAGGAUGUCUGGAGUCUUGCAGAGGUACGGAGUCGACCCCAGAGAGCUCAGUCAAGAGCAGCUGUACAAGCUAGCCCUCAUUCUGCAGCUGAUGCAGGCCAAAGACAAAACAGAUCCAAUGGAGAAAGAUCUCAUCACCCUCAAGGAGAUGCAGCUGUUAAAAACAGACAGUGUGGCCCAGAAGCCGGCAAAGCCUGUCCCAGUUCCUGGUCCCCCUGAUGCCCCUCCAGCGCCGUCCUCUGCUUCAGUUUCAGCUACAUCACCAGCCAAGAGCCUCCACCUGCCCCCUUCUACCUCCCUGCCCCCGCAGGCCGCUCCUGCUGAAGCUGGAAAAGGCUCGAAGGAGCAGGGGCUGCCACUGGUUGAGGGUACAGGAGCCAAGGAGCAGUAUGGGUACAUCGUCACCAACCAAAGUCCUCUGAGUUUGUAUGAUGGAGUCAAGCUGUUGGAGCUACUGGCUGACAAGAUACACCUGACAACCAGCAGCUUCAUCAACAUCAGUGUGGUGGGCCCUGCUCUGACGUUUCGUAUCCGCCAGAAUGAACACAACAUGACGGCUGCAGACAUGGCUGCCAAAGCUGUCUCUGAAAAGAGCUUCCUGGAGUCUGAAACAGGCCUGAAGAUUAAACAGACCGGUGUAGGAGAGAGGAUAGAUGCACGCGGUCUCCCUCAGGUAACCAGGGUUUCCCAAGGCUCCAGUGGCACAGUCAUCACCCUUGUUUCCAUGGCAGUCGUUGGAGGUGUGCUGGUAUUGGCUAUGGCUGUAGCUUGCUUCAGGCACUAUGCUCAACAAGUGGCCAAUGGCAAGCUUGGACUGGGGCCAGAGGGAGGAGCAGAAACACACUUUGACUACCAGGAGCUCUGUCGGCAGCACAUGGCGUCCAAAUCCUCCCUGUCCCGGCAGGACUGUAUGGCUGGAGUGAGCGGCGGCAUGGCGGGUUCUGCCAUUGGCACAGGUGCCGGCGGCCGGAGGGGUACAGACACUUCACGCGUCAGCAGUGUUUCCUCUCAGUUCAGCGACGGUCCCCAGCACAGCCCGUCCUCCACCCACAGCUCCACCCCGUCCUGGAGCGAAGAGCCUGCCCAGUCCAACAUGGACAUCUCUACUGGUCACAUGAUACUGGCUUAUAUGGAGGAUCACCUGCGUAAUAAGGACCGUCUCCAGAGGGAGUGGGAGGCUUUGUGCUCAUACCAGGCCGAUCCCUGUUCAAUAACUGUAGCUCAAGCUCCGAGCAACAUGGACAAAAACAGACACCCUGAAUCCAUCCCCUAUGAUCACACUCGGGUGAAGUUGAAGCCUGAAGUUAACUCCAAUAAACAAGACUAUAUCAAUGCCAGCCUCAUUUUUGACCAUGACCCACGCCAGCCAUCUUACAUCGCCACACAGGGACCAAUGGCUCACACUGUUGCUGAUUUCUGGCAGAUGGUGUGGGAGAAUGGCUGUACAGUGAUAGUGAUGAUGACAGCUCUGGUGGAAGAUGGAGAGAAACAGUGCGAGCGGUACUGGCCUGAUGAGGGCUCAUCACUUUACCACAUCUAUGAGGUAAACUUGGUGUCAGAGCACAUCUGGUGUAAGGACUUCCUGGUGCGUAGCUUCUACCUGAAAAAUGUCCAGACGCAGGAGACCAGAACCUUGACGCAGUUUCACCUGCUGAGCUGGCCAGCUGACGGCAUCCCCACCUCCACAAGGCCGCUUUUAGACUUCCGUCGGAAGGUGAAUAAAUGCUACAGAGGUCGUUCCUGCCCAAUCAUCGUUCACUGCGGCGAUGGCACUAGCCGGACUGGCGCGUACAUCCUCAUUGACAUGGUGCUGAACCGCAUGGCCAAGGGAGUGAAGGAGAUUGACAUCGCAGCCGCACUGGAGCACAUCAGAGACCAGAGACCUGGCUUGGUCCGCACCAAGGACCAGUUUGAGUUUGCGCUGACAGCAGUAGCAGAGGAGGUGAACGCCAUCUUGAAAGCCCUGCCACAGUGAGCUGAGGGCGCAGUGAGGACAUCCAUGGGCACAAAAAGAAAUACUUGUAGGGGCACACUCGUACCAUCCAGCCAUGUUUGUCUGGCCAUCACUGUAUAUAAGAAUUUGCUUCAGCACACUUGGAGCGCUUACAGCUCAUGUCUUCAGCAUGCAGUAUUUUACCAUCGACUUAUUUGCUGGGUUUUUAACACUUCAUAAAUGAUUACUUGCAAGAUGUAAAAUAUGGCCAAAGGAUUAAAUGUUAGUCAUAAUUGCAUCAAUUUGAUCAUUGCUCUCUGAAGAUUCUACCUAAUAAGACACCAAUUAAGCCAUCCAAUGACAACGAAGAAUAAAAACGUGCUGAUAUACUGCACCCUGACAGGAUAGAACACACUUCUUUUGAAGGUGCAAGAACAUAAUAGAUUGGCCUAAUCUACCCUCUUACUCGACAUGAUGACAUGAUUACCUCAAAAGAUCUAACAUUAACAGAAGAUUUCCACCAUCCCUCACGGUUUGUUAUGCUGUUGUGUUGAGCAUUACAAUUUUUCUUGGACUAAAAUAAUGUUGAAUCCCUUUCCAAAAGUAUCCAUCCUGCUAAGAGGUUUGACUUAUUUUUUAACUCUCUAAGUGUGUUGUUACGUGUCCACCAGAAUACUGUGUGCUACUGUGUGUUGAUUCCAAGCAGGUUUUUAUUUGUGAUGCUUGUCUUUGUCAUGACAACAUGAUUGUUUGCUUUAAGCCCUGGUCUCUUUCGAUGAUGUACCUUGUCCACAAAGUCCACCUUGCCUUCUUUCUGCACACAAAGUAACUCUGGGUUCUUCAUCGUCUUACUCUGUGUACAAACUUGUGAUCUAUGUAAAUAAUUCAUCCUGAUGAUUGUGUUUAUUCAUGUAGCAGACGGACAGAAAAUAUCUAUAAAAAAUGUAUUUUUGACUUUACCUGAAUAAAUUUGUGAUGUGACGCAGCAAAAAAAACUAACAACAGAGGGACAGGCUUUCUUUGCUCAUUUUGACAACAACCUUUUUUUAAGUAGGUGUGCUUUUUGUUUCAUACCCAAAAAAAUGAUAAAAUUGCAUUUAAAAGGCAUUUUGUCUCAUGCAUUUUAAUCUUUUGAUUAAAAAUCCAUGUUUUAUUCAAAAUGUAUCAUAAAUGCAUCAACACCUGCACCUUUAGAGCUGUACACACAGUGCCCCCUGCAGCAUAAAGGGUGGAACAGCCAAAAAUAAGUGUAUUAGUAUAUAUUUUUUAACUUAAAGAGAACAUUUGACAAUUUAUCUUCAAUUCCUAUAUUAUUCUAUAUUCAUUGUGUAUAUAUUUUAUUUAAGUCUACAAACUAAUAUGGACUGAUGCAGAAUAGUCAGCAAGAAAUGCUUUAUUUUGUCUUCUUUUGUAACAUUUCUCUACUUGUUUCAUUUACCAGUUUCCACCUGCAGGCAUAAUUCAGCAAUCAAUUCUGCUGACACAUCAGUUAAUGCAGAGAAGAUUCAAACUAUUUCCUCAGGAUUCAAAAUACAAACGUCCCAGUCUCUUGCUCCACAAUGAGCUAUGUACACACACUCAAACACACAAUUCAUAAACAUAUAUAACACACAUUUGAAUAUUUUUAAGUGUCAGCAGGUAGUGGCCAUGAUGGGCAGAGAGAAACAAGUGCAUCUUGGGGAAUUGACCUUUGACCUGUAAGAAUAAAUGAACAAGGAAAUGUUACACUUCAUCGGUAAUGCAAAUAUUGAUGCCUUUUAUAAACACUACUUCUAAGAAUGAUUGGAUGUCAUCAUCUACAAAGGGCUUAAUGGGCAACAUUCAGGGUGCUUCAGGUUCACACCGGUCUUUACCUCAGGGCAGCACGAGCCAAUCAGGUUAGCUUGUGAAGGCCUCGAAGUCUGAGUCUGAAACAGGGAGCAGGAUGUGUAAGACAACAAAUUUCCAACUGAAGUCUUUAACUCCUUAAUUCUAUUGUAAGAUGAUUGUCACAUUGAUUUUAAAAAUAGUAUGUGCUAUGUAUUUGAUACUGCAGCAGGCACUAAAUGGGGAUACCAGCACAUUAGCGAAGUAGCAAAAUGAAAAAGGAAACAAAAGUGAUCAGCAGGAACAAAAUAUGAGAUAACAUUGGAUUUGUGGUUAUUUUAAAUGUGUGCUAGCUCUAAAUCUAUAUCUUGUUUUGACAGGUUUUGAAAACAU